AUGGCGCUUUGCAUCGCGUGCGCGACGCUCUUGGUCUCCGUCGCGCGCGCGCAAACGACGGACUGCGUCACGCCGGUGAUCACCCCGACGCGAUUCGAACUCGCGUACGGGCAAACGUUCGAUCUCACUCAGAGAGGCGUCGACGCGGUGUAUUACAUCGGGUUCGAUGAGUACGUCGAGAUCGAGGACGCGCAGUCGAACGCGUGGCGAACGGUGUUGGUGAAUCAGGCGUGUCCCGCGCCGCCGCCGCCGGCGCCGCCGCCGCCGUCUCCGCCACCCCCGGCGCAGGCAUCCGUGAACGCCGCGCUCGAGCUCUCGGGGUACAGCGCUGCGGCGUUCGGACAACAAGAGCAAGAUAACUUCAAGCUCGGCGUCGCGCGGUAUCUGGGCGUGGACGCGAAUGCGAUCACGAUCACGUCGUACGCUGACGUCGUCGACGGAUCGGGUCGCCGAAGACGGAUACUCCAAACGUCUCGACUCGCGGUGAACUUUGUCGUCGAGGUUGCCGAUUUCACGAGCGCGACGACCGUCGCGAGCGCGUUGACGCCGCCCACGACGAACUCAUCGACGUCUACGUUUUCGUCCACGGCGCUCGCGACGGAGCUGUACACGAUGGGUUUACGAAGCGUCGGCGCGAUCACCGCCACGAGUCAACCCGCGCUCGCGGCGCCGCCCCCGAGCCCACCGGCACCGCCGAGCCCACCGCCGAGUCCGCCGCCGAGCCCGCCGCCGAGUCCGCCACCGAGUCCGCCGCCGAGCCCGCCGCCGAGUCCGCCGCCGAGCCCGCCGCCCCCGAGUCCGCCGCCGUCGUGCGGGAACGGCGUGUACGACACCGCGGGAACGAACCCGGAUGGGACGACUGGGGAAUCGUGUGAUCCGUUCGGGAACGCGGCGACGCCCGCGUCGCCCGUGGACGGGUGCGAUCCGAACACGUGUCGCCCGCUCGUAAACUGGGCGUGCGACGACGUCUCGCUCAUCGGCACGGCGACGUACAACUGUACGUGCGAUAAUCCCGCGGGGACGUACGCGGUGCCGACGCAAAAUUCGUGCGCGCAGACCCCGUGCGUGUACAUCGAGCGCUGUCUCGCCGGCGGACGCGGGUGCAUCCCGGGCGCCGGAGGAAACGCGUGCGAUCGGUGUCUCACCGCCGCCGACGUCGCACAGCUCGGUCCGGGGACGACGACGCUGAACAAGGCUGGAUACUACAAGGCUGGUCAGAUUUGCGCCGUGUGCCCGGCGACGUCGGCGGUGCAAAUCUUCGCCGCCGCCGCCGCCGUGGUCGCCUUGGCCGUGUUCGGUUUCAAGGCGUCCCAAGUCAUGGGCUCACAGGCGACGAAUAACAUGAAAAAAAUCGUGGAAUCGCUUCAGUUUUUCUCCCUCUCCCUGGGGAUGAGCAUCGAGUGGCCCGGUCCCGUGCUCAAUCUCGGCAAGUACCUCGAGGCGUUCACGUUUAGCAUUGAGUUCUUACGCCCCGAGUGCGUGGCCACGGGUUUGAACUGGUUCAACAUUUUCAUCGCCUCCGUGUUCGUCGUCCCCGUGUCGGUGUGUCUCAUCGUCGUCGUCAACGACAGGCGCUCGCGCACGCGCUACGAAAACACGGUUCGAGCGAUUCACAGCGAAACCAAGGAGAAGGAGGUCAACGCCGCGGAUGACGGAAACGUCGAGACGCCGAAUACAUCAACCGUCACGUAUUGGAUCGAGCGUCCCGGGUAUCUCUGGGGCACCCGCAGGACGUUUCAAUCCGAGGGCGGGGAUAAAAUCGUCAAGGAGUUGCAGCGACAGUACCGCUACCGCGCCAAUCUUCGCACGUUUGGCGUGCUCGCGAUGACGGUGCUCUACCUCCCCAUCGUGCGCAUGUGCAUGCAAUCGUACGAUUGCAUCAAACUGGACGGCGUCGACGGCACGCGUUUGGAGCACGACAUCGACAUCAAGUGCGAGAGCGCGGCGCACGAGACGACGCAAGCGACGGCGUCCAUCAUGCUCGUCCUCGUCGGCGUCGGCAUGCCCCUGUACGUGAUGUAUCAAGUGCGCAAGAUUCGCGUCGCGGGUAAGCUCGACGACCCGCGCACGCUCGACGCGUACGGCGCGUUUUACGACAUUUACCGUCGAGACGAGUUGUCGCGAUCGGACAAGUUGGAGAUUGCGCGCGUCACGCGCGCGGGCGACGGCGUCGUCGCGACGCGCGACGACGACGACGAGAUGGAGAUUGAGGCGCUGAUGGUUGAGGUUGACGACGACGACGGCGAGGCGGGCGCGACGAACCGCGACGACGUGCCCGAAGAAGAUGUCGAGCGAGCCGAGACGCCGUCUUCGGCGCCGCGAGACGGAGGCGUGUCGCCGCGAAAACUUCUCCGAUCGUUCUCAUCCUUUGCGCGAUCGAAAUCCAUGGGCACGACGACGACGACGACGACGACAACGACGCAUUCGGGCGUCGCGAAUGAUGCGACCCCGACGAUCGCGCGGUCGCCCUCGGCCAAGGCGCGUCGACGCGCGAUGAAGAUGCGUUGGCGAGACCAGUUUGCGUUGUACUACCUCGCCGUCGAGCUCGCGUUGAAGAGCAGCGUCAUCCUCGUCACGUCGCCCCACGUAUCGCAAACCGCCCUGAGUGGAUGGGCGCUCGUCUUCGUGCACUGGUUCAACGGCGCCUUUGUCGUCGCGUGCCAACCGUGGCGCGUGAUGACGCUCGGGUUCGGGAAGUGGCGCGUGACGAAUUGUCUCAACAAGGUGGAGGCGUUGGCGGGAUUCCUACAAGGUUUCGCCCCGUGCCUCGCCAUGGCGUUUCCGGUGCGCCGCGACGCGUUCGGCGAGGUCCAGCGAAGCGUCGCGUACGACGUCGUCACCGCCGUGCUCACCGCGAUCAUCACCGGUUUACUCGCGAUUCGCGUCUUUGUCUUUGUGGGCGAACGCGUCGCGGUUCGACGGAAAAAGAUGGACAUCGAGCGCGAUCCCGAGGCGAGCGUCGCGAACGUGCGCGACGAGUUCGUGUCGCUCGCGAAAUCAGGCGCCGUCGUGCGUCUGUACGCGCUCAAGGCGGAUUUCGACAUCAAGCGACGAAAGACGCGCGCGCGUUUGGAGGACACGCGCGCCGCCAUGUUGACGCGCGUCGAGGAUUUAAAGGCGUCGGAGGAAUUCACCGCGGACGCGAACGCGCGCGCGGCGACGGCGGAACGCAUCGUCGCCCUGUACGAAGUCGCGAACGAGAUGGCGCGCGUGGUGAACGUGCUCCUUCCCCACCCCGCUCCAGAGGGCGCGGACGCCGAGCGUCGCGCGGCGGACGCGGAGACGUACCUCGACGAACUCGUCGCGGAGGUGCGCGCGAGGUUUGACGCCGCCGGCGGCGACGACGCAAACAAGACGGCGCGCGCCGAACACGUCGCGCUGCUCGCGCACGCGCACGACACCGCGCUCGCGCGCUUGGACGCGGACAUGCGCGCGUACGCGGACGCGGAGUCGCUCGCGUCGCUCGUGACGCUCGGACGCGCGUUUCGAGACAUCAAAGCGCGGCAACUCAGCCUCGCGCGCGGGUUCGGGGAUAACUCCACGCGCGAGGCCUUGGCGCGCGCCGUGGACGCGCGCGACGUCGUCGAGGCGCUGCGACUGGCGGUGGAGACGGAUGACGCCGCGCUCGCGGGACGCGCGCUCGAGGCGACGCACGACGCUCUGCGCGCGCACGAGUCGUGGUGUCGCGACCAAGCGGCGUUUUUCAAUCGUCUCGCGGCGGCGUCGCGCGCGGUGGACGCGAAGGACGUCGAGAACGAGGAUGAGACGACGACGAAGAAUGCUACGAAGAAUGCUACGAAGCAAAAGACGGCAUCCGCGUUCUCGCGCGCGAUGACGUUGGGUCGACGCGCGUCGAAAAAACGCGCCGCGGAUGCGGAUGCGGACGCGGACGUGGACGCGUCGUGGCCCGCGAGUAUUCCGCGUGACCCACGCGUGACGACGGACGGCGUGUGCGACGUCGCCGUCGCAUCGUUACGAUCGAACGAAGCGCUCGUCGACGCGUUCGCGGUGAAGUGCGCCGAGACGUGGGCGCCGACGUUUGCAAAGUUUGGGCGUUUGCGCUACGCGCGCGCGUUCGGCGAACUCACCCGUCGACAACUCGCCGUGGACGUCGGCGGCGUCACGUCCGCGGAGGAGGCGCGCGGGGUGUACGACGACGUCGUGGCGUUGUCCGAAACGCACGCGUCGCGGUGCGUCGCCGACGUCGAAACGUUCGCGCGCCUCGCGAGCGACGCCGCGUUCGCCGCGCGAUACGGCGCCGUCGUCGCCGCCGCGACGCGCAGUCUGGACGCCGUGCGCGCGGACGCCGAGGCGCACGGCGCGCGCGCGCGCGGCGCGCAAGAGGCGUUGGGUCGCCUCGUCGAGGCGAAAAACGCUGCGCGCGAGGCGCGCGCGCACCGCCAACGCGCGUGCGACGAAUUCACGCGCGCGACGCGCGACGCCGACGAGGCGCGCGUCCAAUCGCUCGACGACGCGCGUCUCUCUCGCGCGCGGGCGUUGGAGGACGCAAAGAAGCGCCGCGACGCCGCCGUCGUCGCCCUCGACGCCGAGAUCGACGCGGCGGCGGCGAAGAUGUUUGACGUCGUCAACCGCGAGGCGGACGCGAACGACGCGGAUGACGAGACGACGCGCCGCGAGACGCGUCGACGCCGCGCGCGCGUCGAGCGCGACGUCAAGGCGCUCCGGCGCGACGCUAAGCGUCACCGAGACGAGAUCGAGCGAGAUCUCCGCGACGCGCUCCGCGACGCGACCGCGCAGGAGAAGCGCGACGCGGCGGACGCGGCGGCGGCGCGCUCAAAGGCGCAGAAAGAGGUGCGCGCCGCCGAGCGCGACGCGGCACAGACGCUUCCCGAAGACGUCCACGCCCGGCGCGUCGAGGUGGACGCCGUCAAGGCGGUGCGACGGCAACAAAAAGACGUCGCGCGCGUCGCGCGCGCUGAGAAUUUACUCGCGACGCACAUUCGCGGCGAACUCGAGCGAUCGGCGAAACGGGCGGAUAAAAUCGCGAGCGACCGCGCGGCGACGGAUGGCGACGCCGAGACGACGCGAUGA